AUGAUGCCUUUUGGGCUAAAAAAUGUGGGGGCUACAUACCAAAAAAUGGUGACCAUUGUGUUUCGAGCUCAGAUCGGUAGAAAUUUCUAGGUCUAUAUGGUCAACAUAGUGGUCAAGAGCCUUAAAGCUGAAGAUCAUCUAACUGACUUAGCCAAGACAUUCGACAACUUAAGGAAGCAUAACAUGAGAUUGAAUCCUGCGAAAUGUGUCUUCGGCAUCAAAUUAGGCAAGUUUCUAGGGUUUAUGGUCUCUCGGAGGGGAAUAGAGGUCAACCCUGAGAAGAUCAAGGCGAUAGAAGAAAUGAAGCCCUCAAAGUCAGUUAAAGAUGUACAACGUUUAACUAGACGAGUUGCAGCUUUGUAUAGGUUCAUCUCUAAAUCAGCAGACAAAUGCCUACCUUUCUUCAAGGUUUUGAGAUUCAUAACUCAGAAAGAUGAAGUAGGAAAACUAAAGUUUAAAUGGACUCUGCAGUGCCAAGCAGCAUUUGAUGAGCUUAAGAGAUACCUCAGUUUGCCACCUUUGUUGACCAAAGUUGAGGAGGGGGAGAUCCUUUACCUCUACCUUGAGAUGAAUUCAAAUGUUGAAACAGAGUUGUGGACCCUCAAUGUUGAUGGGUCGUCUAACAACAAAAGGACAGGGUCAGUUCAUGUUGAAGUCCUUAGUGAGUUGAGCUUCCAAAAGCUGAGGACAAUGGAGAUCAACUCUAACCUAGGAACUCCCAAUUGGAUAGACAUUAUCAGAGCAUACCUCCAAGAUGGCACUGUCCCAGAUGACAAGCAAGAGGAGAUGAAAUUGCGAGCAAGGCAUCUUAGUAUACUCUAGUUGGUGGUACACUAUACAUGAGGUCAUAUUCGCUCCCUCUUCUUCGCUGUUUGACUUCGUACGAAGCUGAGUAUGCCUUUUGUAAGGUACAGAAAGGUGUAUGUGGGAGCCAUGUGGGAACUCAAACUUUGACUCAUAAGGUACUUUGACAGGGAUACUAUUGGCCUAACAUGCAACAGGAUGUAAAGCAGUUUGUGUAGAGGUGCCAAAAAAAGCCAAUUCUUUGC